AUGUCCAAAAAAUCCUUAAGCGAGUUUUUGAAAGGCAAAAAGAAAUAUAAUAAUAUAUUACGAGAAAAAAGGAAAAAUAGAGCAGUUAUAAGCAUCAGAGUACAGGAAUCUUCAUCGGAGAGCAGUGGGGAUCAAAUGAACUUACGAUAUCAUACGGUUCCUCAAGAACACGUCCGUCCGAGUCUAAAUGAGCAGAAAAGUACUGGUCGCGUGGUUGCUAGUGAAGAGACGCCUGCUUUGGCUUGCCCUUCUUUGACAUCCUGUAUUUCCAAAUUGCACAAUGAUUAUGAAGAAUUUAGGCGCAAGAUGCGAAUAUUUGGGGAAUCGCUUAAUUCUUGUAAAUGUAUCGACAACAACUUCAAAAUAAGACUGUCUGCUAUGGAAAAACAAUUGGACAUCUUGGAAAAGAGACAAAAAGAGUACAGGGUCGGCAAACGAGCAGACGGAUUACCUGAUGGUAAACAAUCAGCGCCGCCCAUGGACACUCGCAACGGAGGAGUUACGAGCAAAGAAUCCGAAAAAGAAGUUAACCUCAAGGACAACAUAUUUAGACAGCCUAGAGAUGACCAGCCCCAAUAG